ACUUUCGCCGUUCGCGCUUCACUACACUCUCUCUCUCUCUCUCUAAAUGGAAGCAACCCUAAGCUAGUCGAAUUCAAUGGAAGGAGGAGGAGCAAGCGAUGCGGAGAGAGAGGACGACGACGCCGCGACUGAGCUUCUGAGAGAUCGAUUCAGACUCGCCACUAUCUCAAUUGCCGAAGCUGAAGCGAAGAAAAAUGAAAUGGAAAUAUCCGAACAAAUCGUAGCUUGCAUUUCCGAUUUAGCCUUCAAAUAUACUGAACAGUUAGGGAAGGACCUCGAGUUAUUUGCACAGCAUGCUGGUCGUAAAUCUGUGAACAUGGAAGAUGUCAUACUUUCAGCGCACAGAAAUGAACACCUGGCUGCCUCAUUGAGGUCCUUCAGCAAUGAACUGAAGGCGAAAGAACCCCAGUCGGAGAGGAAGAAGCGGAAGAAAGCGUCGAGAAUGGAAGAUAGAGCUAGCACCAGUGUGUUGCAUAUUCCCGAGCCCUGACUCUACAAACAAACAUUAAAUAGCACAUUUUGGCCUUCGGUAGUAUGGUAACCAAGGCAUGCCACUUGUCCUCCCUCCACAUAUUGGCCUUUGUACCAACCAAAAAAAAAAAAAAAGGAAAGAUAAAAGGAGCCAACACCUUUCCCUCUAUGUUGCACAUAUUGAAUCAUCCUUGGGCAAGUAAAAAAAGUUGGAACAGUGAUAUGUAACGGAGAAGAUGAGCAGUUGAGCUGCAACUGCAUGGGUCAACUUAUUUCCUUUUGCGUAUUGAGAUAGGCUUAUAAGAUAAUUGAUAUGAUGAAAUGCGGAACCACAUGCAUGAUGCUGGACACCGAACCCGCCCAGAGAGCAUGAGUAGCUUUUGAAAUUGAAAUUUGCCCUUUACGAUUUCAGUUUCCAUUUUCUGGCACUUCUGAAUGGGGUAAAUGAGAAAGAUGGGUAUGUCAGAUGCCAGUCCCCCCGAGUCAGUAAUAAAGUGGGUUUAGACAAGAUAGAAGAUGCCAAUAACAGGGAGAAUCGGAGCUGUUAUUUAUUACUCCUCACAGUAUAUAAAUAUAUGUGCUCAAAAUCUACAAAGGGCAAGGGUGGUCCAGAGGGCAGAGGAGUACUUACAUAUGCCAGAGAAACAGAGAGCAGGCAGAGGCCGGACCAUCCAAGCCUAGCGUCCUGCAUGCACGGAGGAUACUGUUGACUGUUCAUUAUUGUGCUGCUGCUACGUCACUCACGUAUAUGCUCAAACGAGUUAAAAGUCAUUCGACUUUUGUUUUUAAUAAUUACGAGAUUUGGAAACCCUUUUGUUUUUAUUUUUAAUUUUAAUUUUUGGGGGGUGUUUGGGGUA